AUGUACAUCACCCUCUACUACAUAGUCACCCGCCUCCCUGACACCCUUCGCCCGGUCAAGGACCACUUCCUCUCUGUUUGCCCCACCACCCUCACCGUUGACCUCCUCGAGGAGCGUCUCCUAGCAGCAGAGAAGAGCAUAGUGGCUGUAGGAGCCUCUCGUGGUGACCCUGACGCCCCUGUCUUUGAGGGAUGCUCCCCCUCUCCUCUCUUGCCCUCUGUUGCCUCUGCUGCUGCGGCCGACCUCGUUGGGGCGCUGGAGGAGCUAGCGGGCGCGGUGGAGGCGGCGGUGGAGGCGGCGGUGGAGGCGGCGGAGGGGGUGGGGGUGGCGGUGGGGGUGGUGGCGAGGGUGGAGGCGUCGGUGGCGGCAGUGGAGGCGGAGGCGGCGGUGAUGGUGGCGGUGGGAGCGGAGGUGGCGGAGGUGGCGGCGGUGGAGGAGGCGGCGGCGGAGGAGGUGGAACUGGUCGGGGUGGCGCUGCGCAGAGGGUCGGCUCCAGUGGUGCGGGGUGGGGGUACUGGUCCAUGCACCUACGUCCUACGCACCAACGACCGCGCGGGUGAGCAGUGUGGGGGUGCGCACUCCACUCAGCGCUGCUUUGGCUGCCUGACGGACGCUUGGCGUCACCAGUUCCCUGAGGCCACUGAGAUCCCUCGCUGGGGCGAGCUGUCUAGGGCGGGAGUAGCUAUCUUUGACCUUGACUUUGAUGCUAUUCUUGCUGCCAUGUAUGCUGUGACUAUUAGUGAUGAGGGUGAUUGUAACCGGUGUUUUCCGCCCGACCCGGGCAUUGGGACUGGUGCUCUAGGUAUAGGUGAGGCUGCCGCUCUAGGUGCUAGCGAGGCUGCUGCUCUAGGUGCUAGUGCGUCUGCUUCCUCAAGUGCUGGUGAGUUUGCUCUCUCAGGCAUGGCCUCCCGUGUCCUUGUCUCUAGUCUUCCCCGGUCCCUCCCUCCCCUUCCUCCGGGGCCUGCCCCCACAUGCGUCCCCUGUGUCGAGGGGUGGCAGUGGGCUGCCCCUCACUCCUCCCAGUUUCCUCCGACAGAGGCCCCGCUGCAGACGCUUCACAUGGACGUGUGGGGCCCGGCCCGCGUCCGUGGACAGGGUCACGAGCGCUACUUCCUGCAGGUGGUUGACGACUACUAG